GAGUUUGGGAGCGUCUCGAUUCAGCCCGGGGGUGUUAGUGGUGGCGGCAGAAGGGGUGGAACCCCAUUCCGAGGUGGUGGCAGAAGGGGUCGAGGGCCAUUCAGGGGUGGACGUGGUGGCAGAGGGCGAGGAAGAGGGAGGAGACAACAUCAAUAUGAACCUGCUCCUUACUCUCAACCAACUCAAGCUGCAACUGCUCCUUCUGGAGAGCAGUCAUCAGCACCUGGUGGAGAAAUGCAGCAGGCACCAGCAGUACAUGCUCGCGGCCGAGUGGCCUGGUGUGACAUUUGUAGGGUUGACUGCAACAGCUGGGAUAUACUAGAGCAGCAUAAGAAUGGGAAGAAACACAAGAAAACCCUGCUGAGGCUUGCCGAGUUUGAGAGGCAACAGAAGUUAUAUCCUGAGCUACAAGCAGAGCCCAUGCCUGUUGCAAUGCUCCCAAAUGCUGUGACGGAUAAGGCUGCUGAGGUUGUUUCUGUUGCUCCGGAGAAUAUCAUGAUAGCUGCAGCCUCAACUGUUGUAGAGAGUGAAGUGACUCAUACCCCUUCUGUAGCUCAAGUGGAUGACACAAGCAAAACCUUCAAUCCUGAGGAAAGUAAGCCUAUUCAACAAGGCUUGGAGUUGGAAGUUCAAGCAGCAGGGCAAGAGCAAGUUACAGAGGGGUCAAGAGGACCACUGAGAUCUGAUGGUCAUAGCCAAUUUGAUACGAGACGUGGAGGAAUGAAGAGGAAGAGCAAUAAAUCUGGUCGAGGUGGAAAGCGCCUUAAGAGCUUUGAACCGGCAAGAGCACGAGCUCCACAGCGUCAGAAAGACCGACCUAGGUUCUGUACUAUCUGCAAUGUACUGUGUGAAUCUCUUGUUGUGUUUGAUGCACAUGUUGCUGGUAAGAAGCAUCUCUCGAAGCUCAAGCGUUUUCAAGGCCAAGGCACUGUUUUUGGGCCUAUCACUAUUUAUAUUCCUCCAAAUCAGCCAUCGCCUUAUCCAAAACAAGGUCCCGAGCCAUUGUAUUUCGGCCUCACAAGUCAAGAGAUGCUCCAGCACGAAUCAUAUAGGGGGUUGAAUGGUUUUCAAGCUGAAAGCUAUGGAUUCCAUCAAGGUGAAGUUAAUCCAGAUAACAGGAACAAUGAAGCUGUACUCGGAGAUAAUCCUGAGAACCAAGCUACUGCUGCUGCUGAUGCUCCUCUAGUUUUUGAGUCAAAAGAGCCUCCUCAGUUACCCACUGAACCUGAGGUUGCUAAUUCCGAAGCAGAUGCUUUAUCGAGAGCAGAGUUUGGUACUUUGCCCGAGGAUGAUCCAGCUUUGUCUGGCCUUGAUGCCAAAAUGGAGCAGCCUGGUGCUGAGAGUUAAUGAGCUGAUAACAUUUUGGUUUGUUUCUAUGCUGGGUUUUAUUAAUGCAAUGGAGUCACUAGAAAAAAAAAAAAAAACAGUUUGUUAUCAUCGUUUGAUGUAGGGAUCGUGCAGGGGAUGUAGCGUAUGAAACUGUUUACUUUGUAAGAACCUUGUCAAUACUCACUCAGUUGUAGUUAGCAUUUAUGCGGCGGAUGUUGCGAUUGAAUGCCUGAUUCUCGAAACAGGUUGUUAUGUUGUCGGUUA